AUGACGGAGACUUACAUCACAACGGGUAUCAAAUUUUCUGACGACGCGAAAAACAACAUCGAUGAUAAUAAAAUAAAUAAAUUUUUUGAAAAAAUCAAUCGUAGGGACAGUGGUCCCUUUUUUAAGCGUAGCAGUGAAAUCAGAAAUAUCUCCCUUAUGGAGGACAAAAUACGAAGUGGAGGUCAACCAAAUCGGGAAUUACAAGACAUUUUUUUUUCAAGCGAAAUGAAUGAACUUUUGUCCAAAGAAAAUAUCAGUGAUGACGAUGAAGAUAAUGAGAGCGAGGGGCUCCUGCAACGUGCACGAAAUUUUAACUACUUGCCUAUCACGCCUAAUGUCCUUGCGCUGCGGCCAUUCGAACGGGGGACAAAGAAACGAAAGAUAAGGAAACAAGAGCUUCCUGCGGAGGAGAUGUUGGAAAGUGGAGCAUCACAUAUGAGUGGACCUUUGGCUAACCUUCCGCCAUAUCGUUCCUACAGCGACCAGCUUGUGUAUAUCGAAAAGGAGGAAGAUCCCAAGAUGCAAUACUACCUGUUUAGAGAUGACGAAACGGAUGUGCUUUCAGUCCUUGAAAAGGGGAAAAAGGGUGCUCGGCAAGCGGCAGGGUCUGGCCACUCCAGCGCAAAAAGGGGCGCACACAAGGGGGAAGCGGAAGGACAGGAAGGAGCAGAAGGGGCGGAAAUGGCAAACAUGGCUGAAGUGACAAACAGGGCUGAAGUGACAAACGUGGCUGAAGUGACAAACAUGGCUGAAGUGGCGGGGAGAGCAGACGGCAGGCGCACGCGGAACAUCCCCCCACCGAAUGACAGAGAUGCGAACAACGACUGCGUGAGUGAGCAGCAGUUUCAGAUGUAUGACCUGUGCGUGGAGCGGGUCGAGCGGGACAGCCAAAGUGACCUGUACGGAGGUUCCCACGUGGAGAGCAGUGCCGCGAGUCGCAGUUGGAGCCACAACCUCAGCAUCGGCGCGAGUCAUAGUGCAAGUUGGAACGAGAGUCGAACUGCGAGCUUCUUUAGUACGAGCCACAACCCGAGUGCGAACCACAUGAGCGUGAAGCGUAGGAGGGGGCGCCCCAAGAAGGUCCUCCACAAGGUUGGCAACGUUGGAAUGGUUGGCAAGGUUCGCAACGUUGGCAAGGUUGGAAAAGUAGGCAAAGCUGGCAGAGCUGGAGGCAAAGGGGGUAGUCACUCCAAACGCGGAAGUCACUCCAAACCCGGAAGUCACUCCAAACCGGGAAGUCGCUCCAAACGCGGAAGUCGCUCCAAAGAGAGCAUGCCCUCCAAGGGAGUCGAGCGUAUAUAUAACAACUGCCUCCGCGAACAGCUGGACACGGAAAUGGCGCAGCCUUUUUCAACACCCUCAGAAACAAUAAACCUAUACAAUAUUAUUCUAAAAUCGCUGAAUAACGAAAUACUUUUAAAAAAUGAUUCCAUUACGUAUGAGAAGUAUAUAAAAAAAACCCCGUUAGAAUUUAAUUACAUCGUGUACAAAGAAUUUUCAAUACACACAAACUACUACUGGGAGCCCUAUGACAAAAGUGUGUUGAACGAAUUUGUCGACUUUUUUUACACGGACAAAUUUAGGGAUCAUUAUUUGGCAGGUGCAGGAGUGGAGAAGUCGGCGGGAAAAGAAGUAGGUGUGUUGGACCGGGGAAAGGAAGUAGGUGUGCUGAGCCAGGGAAAGGAAGUAGGCGUGCUGAGCCAGGGAAAGGAAGUAGAUAUGCUUCUGCACAGAGGCGAUACAGCUGGACUCGACUCCGGUGGAGGUGACCCCCUUUUUGUGACGCACAAGGAGGGCAGUGAAAGCAGAUCUCAGACGGACGAAUUUUUUUGCCUGAAUGAUGAGCUUUUUUCGGCUGCCGGGGGCGAUGCGCCUUCGUCUGCGGAACGGGGUGGAAGUGAACGCGCCCCCGAAGGUGAUCCACAGAGUGACCCCCAAAGUGAUUUCGAACGUGACAGCCAAAGUGAUCGCCAAUUCGAUCAGGAACGUGACGACCAAAUCGAUCAGCAAAGUGACCUCCAAACCGAUCAUCAACGUGACCUCCAAACCGAUCAGCAACGUGACCUCCAAACCGAUCAGCAACGUGACCGCCAAUUCGAUCAGCAACGUGACCGCCAAUUCGAUCAGCAACGUGACCGCCAAUUCGAUCAGCAAAGUGACCGCCAAUUCGAUCAGCAACGUAGCAGUGGAAGCACCCCCCACGAAGAAGAUAACAUAAGGAGCAUGUUGAACCCAUUUUGGGAGGACGAAAAUCUGUUGGACAAUAUACAAAGUGAACGAAAGUAUACGCACAUGGAAGAAACGAAUGACACACACAGUAACCAUGAAGAAAGUACCACAUCUCCAUUCUCCGACUACUAUGACAGCAAUGCAGAGAGUGAAGAAAAAGAUUUUCAUCAGGAUUCCUACACCGUGUGCUCAUUUUAUCUUCAUAAACCAGUGUAUGUUUUCGAUGAGCAGAGUGAGAUUAACCAAUUGGAAAGGGAAAAAUAUCAAAAUAAAAAUAGGGACAUAAAAAAUGACAGUUCUUCAUCCGCAGGUGAUCUGCAAACCAUAGAUGACUUAUUUUUCCCCCUCAACAAAGAUGAUGUACUUUUAAAGUAUAUCACGAAAAGUGACAGGAAACUUAAAAAGGUAUACAAAAAAUUGAUAAAAAAAAUGGAAUACGACAAAAAUGCGAAGCGGAAAUCUUACGCGAUUUAUGACAAGACAAAUAACUUCCUUUUGUAUGAUUAUAAAUGCUCCUUGUAUAAAAAUAUUUGGGGAAAUUUUACAAAAAAAUAUGCUGGAUACAACUCCGUCCUGACGCACCAAAAUACGUCCUACUUAAAAAAUUUUAAUUACCACUCGGCAAAUGCGUUUAUCCCUUUAUAUUAUAAAGCUUUGUCAAGGAACUUAGACCACCUCAGCACAAUGAUGUGCCUGUUCAUCAAGGCCUUCAGCUCCUACAUGGGAUGCCCAUGCAACGACUUAAUUAUGGGAAGCCAGGCGAACAGCACGAUUAGAAUCACCUUGUACCAAAACAUAACGGACAUAAUUUGCAUGAUGUCGAAGUAG